AUGGAGCAGGAGAAUCCAUCGCAACCCACUGGACUGGAGAAUCAGUUGCGCAACAUGAUCCUCGGCAACGUCAGCAUAGCUGGUGGACAGUCUAGCCAAGAUGUCACAUCAGCACAUCGUGGACGUGGGCGAGGCCAAGGGCGAGGACGUGGCCGCGGACGUGGAGGUUUCCACGAUGCCGUCAACAGCCUCGAUAGCAACGGCCAGAACCACGCCACUCCAGGUCGAUCCCAAGGAUGGCGCACAAACGCUUCCGCGAAUACUCCUCCAGCUCGAGGGGGUGGAAGAGGCUAUGUCCCCAAUCAGCGAUAUCAACAACAUCCUAGAAACUUCUCAAACCAGCAAGGGCCAAAUUUGCCUCAAAACGGCUUACCAGCAGAUCAUCGACAGUAUCCUUCGCGGCCCUUCAGGCCUCUCCACCAACAGCAGAAUCCAAGUGCAGAUGGCACGCCACAUGCACAACCCCCUAAGAUUCUCCAACGAGCUCAUGACAAUGUCGCGCUGCCAGGCCAAAUCCCAGCAGGCCCAGCAUCAUCACAGCGUCCUCGUCCGCAAGGUCCAUAUGCACCACGACCACCUAUGAACCAGCCACGGGAGAACUUCGUGGCCCAGAUCGAACAUUUGAACGAGGUCGCGGCAGAAGAGAUUCCGAAGGUAGAGAUGUCUAUAUCCGAGUUGGAGGCCAAGGAAGAUUUCCGAAGGCACUUGGAAACGAUCAUGCAGAAAGCCUUUGCUCGAGACUACUCUGGUGAUAUUGCGACCGUCUCCUUGGUGGGCUUUGGAAGUUUGGCUUCAGGCUUUGGUAUGCCCGGCUCAGACAUGGAUUUAGCUGUAGUACCAGAGUGGAAAGAUCCAGCCAGGGCUAGUGAUAUUACCAUUGACCGCGGUAUUCCACGUCUACUGGAAAGAGCAGUCCUCGACGCCAAGCUGGGUGGCCGUCUGCUGACAAGAACAAGAGUGCCCAUUCUGAAGAUAUGUCAGACGCCGACCGAGACUCUAUAUAGAGCUCUCGCUGAGGAGCGUCAGAAGUGGGACGCACUCCCAGAAGAGGAGAAAUACCCAUCGGACCUACCACAAGAACCCGCUCAGCCACCAAAGCCGCUGGUGGAUGUCGAUGGGUCGAAGGCUUCAGAGCUCACGGCGCAAGCAGACAGCCCUAACUUCGGUGACGAUUUUCCUACCCUGGGGGCUGCGACGACGACCAAGAAACGACAAAAAACCCCUGCAAAAGUUGAGACGACCCAAGAAAACUCUUCUGCGCCAGCUACCAAGUCAGAAGACACUAUCAGCAACGGGGCUGAUGAUAAGGCUAAAAAAGAUCAGCAUCAUCGUCCUGAGAAGCAGUGGAUGCGAGAGAAGGUUGUUGGUCCUCUCGACUUCCCAAAGACAGGUUGUGGAAUCCAAUGUGACAUCAACUUCGAGAACCCGCUCGGCAUCCACAACACCCAUAUGCUUCGAUGCUACUCGCUAACCGACCCGCGUGUUCGACCCAUAGUUCUCUUUAUCAAGUCCUGGGCCAAGCGACGUAAAAUCAACAGCGCAUACUCCGGCACCCUCUCCUCGUACGGAUGGGUGCUUAUGGUACUGCAUUAUCUGGUCAAUGUCGCGCAACCACCCGUAUGUCCAAAUCUUCAACACUCCGUCCCGCUCCCAAGUGAUGCAGUAGCUCUGGAGCAGUUCUUCAAGCAUACAACUAUCGCAGGCUAUGAGGUCCGCUUUUGGCGCAAUGAACCGGAGAUCAUUCAAGCUGCGCAAGCUGGCCAGCUUUCGCAAAACACUCAGUCCAUCGGUUCGCUGCUACGUGGAUUCUUCCAGUACUAUGCAUCCCUGUCAGGGUACGGCUAUGGCCCCAAGCCUCCCCAGUUCUACUGGACAAACGAAGUUCUUUCUCUUCGGACGCCCGGCGGUAUCUUGUCGAAGCAGAGCAAGGGCUGGGUGAGCGCAACAACCAAGAUUACAGCCGAGAAGAAGGUCACCAAUCGGUACCUGUUCGCCAUUGAAGAUCCUUUCGAGACCGACCACAAUGUUGCAAGGACGGUCACUCACCGUGGCAUCGUUGCUAUUAGAGAUGAGUUUAGAAGAGCAUGGAGGAUACUCAAGGCCAUCGGUCAGGGCACAGAGCCUGAAGGUGGUAUCUUCGACGAAGUCGUGGAACAACCACCUGCGCUGAAACCCGAAGAGGUGCACAAGGGCACUAUGGAGAAUCUUGGUGUCGACGGAGAGACGAAAGGUAAAGAAGGUGAUCAACCGGAUACAGUGUAG